GGUAUUAUUAAUUAUUUAUUUAUUUUAAUUUUGUUUUAUGUUUGAGGUUUUCCCCUUAUGUAAAGUCAAUAUUUUGUUUUACAUUGUUUUAUUAUCCUUUCUGUUUCGUUUCGAAUGACUGGGAGCGAUGGUUGGAAAUACAAAUCCGAAUUUCGAGACUGCACUGAUUCCUACUUUUUCAUACAUUUCAAGUAAAACAUGUGACGUAGUACGCAUCAAGGAAUGAACAGGGCGGGAUGCUUAAACAUAUUUUUCUUUUGUUAUUCUAUUUACUAUUUUAUUAUUUAAGGACAUCUGUUUUCUGAUUUUGUUUAUAAAAUGUUUGAAAUACCUGAUGACGAUGACAACUUCUGGGAGACCUUGCCCAUUGAUGAGAUUACCAACUUCAGUAACACAAAGUCAACAUCUAUACAGGUUGAGUCACCAGACGACAAGACCAACACCAAAAAUAAUAACACAUUGGAGAAAGGAAUUUUAAUGACACAAUGUCAGAUGACGCCAAAAUGUUUUCGAAGCAGUCAAGAUUCACCUAAGUUACCUACUUUUAGUCCACUUGCGUUUUCAAUUGGACCAAACAAGAAACUUUCGGAGAACACUAACAUUUGUAAUGUUAAUAAAAGAAAUACAUUAAGAAAUCAUUCUGAAAAAAUAUAUAACUCUUCUAUGGGCUUCGAACAAAAUGACAUUUCACAUACAGGUGUGACAGGUAUUAACAAUAUUUCACCACCUGUUGAGACUGAUGCCACCAGUUGUUCUCGCACUCCUAGAUCAGGCUCUCUCGACAAUCGUGAUACAAACAGCUCUGUUCAAACAAGCAGUAACAGUCUCAUCAACAUCAACAGACGAGAUGUUGUGCACUCCAGUCCAGAGACUCCGCUAGCAAUAGGCCUGAAACGGCCGCAGAUCUUCACCAACACAUCUCCUGAUGUAGAUGAUGCCACACCCAAGAGGUGCAGAAGAAAGUUUCCCGGACCAGCUGGAUUACUGCCAAAACUUAGGCAAGGCAGUAAGAUGGAAGAGGCAGCCCGUGUUACAAGUGAUGAAGUUAAGCUACCCGAAGAAAACAUAAUUCUGUCUUCUCAGUCUGGGGAUGAAGUCUUCAAUGAUUCUCCAUGGAAUAGAUUGCUGCACGAUCUUGGGUCCGAUGCCUAUGCCAUUCUGAAGAGAUUUUCUGUGGCUAGCAGUUUGCAGAAGGCUGUCAAGAAACAGUUACCACAUGGGAAAGUUCCUCUGUUGUUUGCUGUGCUCGAAUCGAUGGACUUUCAGGGAACCGACGCUGGGGUGAUUCUCAAAGACAGAUCAGGAAAGAUAAAAGGAACAUUCCAUCGUGACCUGGUAAAGGAAUAUGCAUCAUGUUUACAAACAGGCGUUGCAUUCAUUUUAAGACAGGUUGGAGUAAUUAGUCCCAAUUCAAGAAAUCACUACCUGAAUAUAACACCUAACAACAUUGUUUCCAUCUACACCCAUCAAGAUGCAGAUAGCGUUAAACACUUUCCAAACAACUCGCCACACGAUCUCAAAGAACUGGUACAAGUUAUAGACACGCAAUCACAGAAAGACAUGACUCCAAUUCCUCACAGAAAUCAGUCGGUGCUGGAAAACAUUAUGUCCCUGAAGAACACAACAACAAAUGAAUUGUUGAGAACACCAGGAAUUGUCGAUCACCAAGACAGAACGAGAUUCCGUCAAGAGUGCACGAAGACUCCAUUACGAACCUCUACUUCAGAUGUUAAUGCAAUUUUGACCCCAUUAAGGACUCCAGACUAUCAUGCAAAUUUGCCAAUCAGUACCACAUUGAACAGUUCCAAUAUUUGUAGUCCAAAUUCAGCCGAUUCAGUCAAAGGAUUAUCAUCAACAUCGUGUCGGAUUAAUUCUUCCAUUGAAAUGUCUACUCCUGUCAGAAAGUUUUCUUUCAAACCUACUGCAAAUACCCCAUUACAGAAUCGUCCAAGAAUAAAGGGUUGCCCAAGUAAUGGACUUGAAAAUAGUCUCAAGACUCUGCCGAAUUCAGUCGCAUGUCAAAAGAGUAAAGAUUUUUGUUACAAUAAUAACUAUGCAGAGGAUGGUGUUCACCCACAAAUAUCUUGCCUUUCAACCAGCUCUGCAUCAAUGUUGAAUAAAGAUAACUCUUGGAGAAGGGCAGACAAUCAGCAUUUGACAGUGACAAGGCAUAUACAACACACUCGGGUUGAGCCUUCAGUUAGAUCAACACCAAUUACUGCUUUAAACCGCAGACAUUUUCUACUCCUUCUGCUUCAACAACAGUGGAAGAGUCUAGUGCUAAAAGAAAUACACUAACUAAAGACAUUGACUGCACAGUGAAUGUGCAAAAUCCUGUGACUAAAACCUGUUCAUUUUCUUCCAAUUGUGAAAAUACAGAUCCCAGUUUCAAAAAGACUGCAAUAAAUAAAAUUGAUUUUCAGAAACCUGUGAACUCUGCUUCAGGUAAAUUGUUUUCUAGUUUGCCACAACACAAUGGACCUGGAGCGAAAGGUACAGAAACUGAAUCAAGUGUUGCUGGAACUCUCAAGGAAUUGGAUGACAUAUUGUGGGAGAAUGGAGAGUUAGAACUUAGUGAUGAGCUUCUGUCACAGCUGUCGGAAGAUAUGUGAUGUCUUGGGAAUCAAACAUGACUAAUAGCAUGCAUUACGGUGUCUCAGCAAAUAUUCUCAUAAUACAUGUUAAUCUACAAAUAUUCACUGCAGUUUCUCUCCAAAUAUUCAUGCACUGCAGUUUCUCUACAAAUAUUCAUGUAUUAAAGGUUCUCUAUAAAUAUUCAUGCACUGCAUUUUUUUUUAGAAAUAUGUACCGUACACACAAAUAUGUUCACGAUUAAAAUAUACCGCGAACACGUUGAUAGCACUGCGAAUUUAAUUACGUGCGAAGUUAUUUCCGAUUUAGUAAAAUAUUAUUUCCCGUAUAAUAUAUAGUCUUAUCUCUACAUGCCCAACCCAUAUCAGAAUCAAGCAGGUCACAUGAUUCUGUAAACCUGCAUGCUCACGGGGAUUUGAUCGAAGUGACACACAGUUGGGUGUAAGUCUGUCACGUAAUCUCAGUUUUGUUUGCUUUCUUUGUAACUUUGAAUGGAAGUUUGUGGGUACCACCAAUAAUUAAAAGUUAUUUCUUAUGA